AUGAAAUUAAACUCAAAGCUCAAGUGGAGUUUCUGCUUCCAGAUUGAAGCACAAAAGCAAUCACUAUGGAUAGAGGAUUAUAUCAGUUACCUCAGGAUAGCACAUUUUCCUGUAAAGAUUUUAGGAAUCAGAAGGAUAAAGAGCAGUACAAGUGGAGGAUAUAGCAAUAUACAUGGAGUAAGGAACAGAAGUGAGGAGAAAGUGUACCCUAAGAAAGCGCGCGAGAGGAAAAUCUGUGGAGAGAUGCGAGAACACUUGAUCCAUGUGCUUGGAGGCAUCACACCACGAAGCCCAGAAGUGCAGAAUCACCGGGACACCCUCACCGACGGUGUUGUCAAGUUCCGCCAUGGAUUUCACCUCCUUCACCGAUCCUCCGCCGGGCACAGCCAUACUGUCUAG